GCACAUCUCGUAUGUGUAUGUGACAAAUUGACUUGACUUGUGUCUACAGCCCAGAUGGUGCAGGAUGGGUGGCGUGGAGGUGGUUUACUGCGCUGUGUAACUCCGCGAUGUUCUCCUUAGUUCCUUUAGAUGUGAUUCAGUGCCAAGGGGAGAUCUGUGAGGCUCCCCUCUGCCUGACUGCCGAUGACAGCACAGAAAAGGAAUCUACAUACGACACUGACUCCAGCACUUCAGCCCAAGACGUUGACAAUGGCAUCAACCAGAGCCCCCAACAAGAAUUCGUGCGUUCCAAAAUUAAGGUGACCAUUGGGGAAUGUGCGGCCCAGAGUUACAUGUGCCACUUGUGCCAGAAGACCUUCCAGUUCCAGCGAAUGCUGAACCGCCACAUGAAAUGCCACAACCUGGUGAAACGGCACAUCUGCACUUUCUGCGGCAAGGGCUUCAACGACACCUUCGACCUCAAGAGGCACGUGAGGACGCACACAGGGAUCCGGCCCUACAAGUGUGAGCUGUGCGACAAAGCUUUCACCCAACGCUGCUCCCUGGAGUCUCACCUGAAGAAGAUCCACGGGGUCCUGCAGGGCUACGCCUACAAGGAGCGCCGCGCCAAGCUCUACGUGUGCGAGGACUGCGGCUUCACGGCCGAGAGUCAGGAGGGACACUACCUCCACGUCAGGGAGACGCACCCUUCUUCAUCUAUGGAGCAAAGAAAUUGGCGAUGUUUCAGUUCGAGACCC